CGAAAUUUCUAUUAAAUCAAUAGAUAAAGAAUUCGGACUCGACUUGCAUUUGAUUUCAUCUCUCCAAACUACUCGUUUAAAAUGGCAGAUUUGGAUUAUCCAGACAUCGAUCCUGCAAACGAGCUGGAAAAGCGCGUUGCCGAUGCCUUUCUCAUCUUCGACCACCACUGCAACAAAACGGUGGACGUCCGCGAAAUUGGUACCAUAUUGCGCUUCCUGGGUUGCGUACCGACCGAAGCCGACGUCAACGAAGUCAUUUCGGCUACCGAAUUCGAGGACUCGAACGGCACGGUGCAUCUGUCCAAAUUUCUCCCGUACGUCAGCCAGUUGAUACUUGAGCAUAAGCUGGAACCGGCUCCCCCGGAGAAGCUGCUGAAAGCUUUUCGCGUUUUGGAUCAGGAAGGUAAAGGGUUUGUCGAUCGCGAGUACAUGACCAAAUUGAUUACUGAGGAGGGAGAACCAUUUACGGCCGAAGAGUUGGAAGAAAUGAUGGCCGUUGCAGUCGAUAUGUCAACCGAUCGAAUCCCUUAUGAAAAUUAUUUGAAUCAACUGCUAGUGAGUAUAUGUUCGCAAAUUGAGUUAUCAAUUAUUAACCUGUUAAUUUGAAAUAGCACGAACCUCAAGAUUCAAUAUACACGCUUGCCGAUAGCUUGCGAAGUCAAAUGAAGCGUAAAACGAUUUUCAAAUUUUACAAACGUUAACAAACUUUUUCUUUCC